AUGGCACAGAACAAUCAGCUUGCUAGCUCCGAGGAGAACACUCCACCGACGCCGGUUUAUUAUCAACCGUCCAUGACUCAAGCACUGCCACCACUAACUCCUGCAGGCGCACCCCCGGUACACUCGGGAGAAAUCCCGCCACCAGUCCCAACAUCGGAAGCCCAAGCACCGUCCACCUCUACAGAGGGUGCGGCCCGCAUCGUCGCACUGGAAGGCGAUAUCUCCACAUUAAGGGGCACGGUCAAUCAGAUGGCUAUCGACAUGGCCGAGCUCAUGGCCCUACUCAGAGCUCCAAACCGCACCUCCUCGAACUCUACUCCGCCUCCGGGGUACGGGCCAACAGUCGACCCAAACCCUUGGGUCCCGCCGACCCAUGCUCCGGAAGGUAUUGAAGCGUCUGCGAUACACGCACCGGCGGGCCUCCCAGCUAACGUCCCUCCGCCAUCGGUGACUCUCCCGGCAGCCAUUCCUCUUCCACCGUCGAACCCGACUACUCUAGUACCGCCGCCGAUGUCCAUACCGGUUCCGGCACCGGUUUACGCGGCUCCUCCGCCGAUGGUCUUCCCGGCACAGAGCCCCCACGCUCCUGCUCACACAGCCGAGCCUGUCCCAUUCCAAGCUCCACAACCCCACAUCAGCUUUUCUUACCCAACUCUACCUCCCCUAAACAUUCCCAUCCCUGAACCGGGCACGCCAACCCAGGCUGUCCCCAUAGCUCCACCGACAAACUUUCUCCCGGAAAUGGGGACUGAGCAGGAGCAGAGAUUGAAGAAGAUGGAAGAGAACAUCAAAGCCUUACAAUCAGGUGGUCCUCGCCUCGAUGCCGGCGAUUGCGAUUGGAGUCUUUUUCCGGGUAUGCGGCUACCCCCGAAGAUUAAGGUGCCUGAAUUCCAAAGGUACCAUGGCACUACCGACCCCCGUCACCAUCUCCGUCACUACAGGGGAAAGAUGCUGCAGUACUGGGACUACGAAGAGUUCGUCAUCCACACGUUCCAGGACAGUUUGGCGGGAGCGGCUCUUGAUUGGUACAUGUCACUGAAAGCCGCGGAUAUCCCUACAUGGACGGACCUUUCGGGCAAAUUCAUCGACCAGUACAAGUACUGUGCAGAAACGCCCCCGACCCUGUUGGAGCUCAGGGCCUACUACUUGCACCUGUUGGCUCACACGUCUUCGUUCUCCAACCUUAUCGACGCCGGGAAGAAGCUUGAUAUCGGCGUUAAGCUCGGCAAGAUAGAAGGACCGGCCGAGAAGAAAGAGGGAGAGUCCUCGAAGAAGGUUGCUACUGGGACACCCUCCGCGGGAAACAGGAGAGGAAAAGACGCGUCCGUCAAUGCUGUUAACUCAGGGCGCCAAGCCCCCCAACAGUAUUCCAUCAAUUACACGCCCGCACCACCGACCACUCAGGCGUAUGCCCCACCUCCGGUGCAUUAUCAGCAGCAACUCCCAGCGCAACAAGUAUAUUAUUCCGCCCCGCCGGCCUCCUUUCCGUUGCCGGCCCCGCACAAUUACGUCCCUAUUCCCCCUCCGAUCCAACAAAGCAGGCCUCCGGCUUCGAGAACUCCUCAGCCGGUGCAACGGGCUCCGGCCCCGCAGGACCAACAAAGCACUGCGCCGCGGCGCAGACAAUUCACACCCCUUCCGGCCCCGCUCUCCCACAUAUACCGGCAACUCCUCGCAGGCAAUAGGAUUAAAUCAGUAGCGCCUAACCCCGAUUUCGACCCCACCAUUCAGGAUCAGAGUCGGCACUGCGAGUACCAUCAGGGCGCACCCGGUCACACCACCGACGAUUGUUGGAAGCUGCGGGAGAAGAUCCAAGCUAUGAUUGAUGGCAAACAACUCACGUUCAACGCCGUCAAACCUCCGAACGUGCAAGUUAAUCCUCUUCCCGAUCACGGGUCAAGCUCGGGACCCAGCAUUAACAUGAUCAGUGUUUGCGCCAUAGGGGAGUACGAGACCGGGCAGGAGCCAUCCGCCCCGUUCGUAAUCGAAUAUGUGCCUGCGGAAACCGGUAUAGGGUACGCGGGGUUUGAUGCCACGCCCGCCCCAUUCGUGAUAGAUGUCCCCGCACGAGAGCCAUAUCAAGAUAGCAAGGUUCCGUGGACCUACGAAGGGAGUGUCGGGAACCUCGAGCGUCAAUUCAGCGUCAUGGGCGUGACGCGCUCGGGACGAGUGUAUGAAAACCCGGAGGUCGCGAACAAAGGAAAGGCGCCUGCUGCGACAUUAGGAAUCGCCCCGGAAGCUACGCCGAUCCCACAAAAGAAGGUGACCGAAGAGGAAGCCGAGGCUUUUAUGAAGAUCAUCAAGGCAAGCGAGUAUAAGGUUGUUGAACAAAUGGGCAAGUCUCCGGCCCACAUUUCACUACUCGCCCUUCUCUUAAGUUCGGAGCCACAUCGUGAAGCGCUCCUGAAGGUCCUGACGGCGGCACAGGUCCCCAAGGAGACGGCUCCAGAUCUCAUUGAAGAAACCGUUGGUUCGAUAUUCUCCAACAAUAUUUCAUUCUCGGAUGACGAGCUUCCCUCCGAAGGAUGA